CACACGGCACAGCUGUACUGUACAUGAAGUCAGUACGCGUAUGCGUGUGGAGCUGCAUGCAUUCAUCGUGUACGUGACUGACUUGCCCCGCCCCCUCUGUACAAACAUCCCUCGGGCCCGCACAGCUGCACCCUGUGUCCUCCACCUAUCGAUUGACCCCCCUCCCCUCAGCCAUCCAUUCCCUCCUCGGAUGCCUUUUUCAUGACCUUCUGGGCAGCGUCCAGCAAGAAACUGUCGAAGCGAGUGACGCGGCUCUGCAGACACACACAGAUCGAUCAAACAAGACAGGAAAAACAUGGAUGGAUCCACCCACCUAUGCAUCGCUUGCCAUUGACUAGACGGCUGACCUGUGUGUACUGAGCGAGUUUCUUGACGGCGAGGUGCCUCUUCCUCUCAGCGCGCGAGUCAUCGCUCAGCGACACCUGAAUACUCACAUCUGCACACAACACGGGCGGGCCAUGGUGCGGGCAGGCGCCAUACUUGCCAGUCAGCCUCAGACGUAUACCCACCUUCGAGUGCGGCGGAUCGUGACCAGUGCACGUCUACGUUGGUGGCCUCCGCAAACUGGCGAAACACACUCAUGCAUUCGUCCCUCGGCCGACCGACACACUCACUCACCUGCACCAACAGACCAACACACAUACACACGUCAACCCUCGGGCAAACCACAGGCCAUGUGAUGUGUCGAGGGUGUGUUAGUGGGUGCAUACCCUCUCCCAGUCCACCAGGGGCAGCUUGACGGGUGACUGCGUCAUCAGCGGAUGGGCGUCAGCGGCGCUGUGGCCACGGCCACUCUGAUUCAACAUGUCCCCAACCUGCGCGAGAGAGCAGUCUCAAACAAACAGACAGCAAUGAUCCAGAGGUUCUUGGAUGCAUUCCUCCCUCCCUCUCUGUCUGUCAUCUCCCACCUGUUUGCUAAUCUCCUCUACGAGAGCGAGGAUGAAGUCGAUGUCGGUCGCCGUCACGCCUUCUUCAUCCGAGUGGACCGGGUCGUUCUGGCCCGCCUGGAUCUGACCCACCAUAGCGUCCCAGCUCAGGUCACCCAUCGCCAGACACGCCACUGACGCAACUGUUGAGAGAUGAACGGACGGAUGCCAGGGACUCAGUUUGUCAGGCACGGCUGUCGCUGCAAGUGGUGGAUUACUCGACCCGCAUCUUCUUGCGGAGCCACUCUAUCGGCUAAGCACCAGAAAGGGGCAGAAAUCAAAGUGGCGGCGAGAAUUU